ACUGCUGUAAUGAAGCCUGUUGCCAUGGCCCUGAACAUCCUCCAAGGGCAAUCAUCAUUGCAUAUGGGCUUCCUGCUGCCAACACUUCACCAGUUGCAGGACAAGCUGAAGAAGUUGGAGUCAUCUUGCAAAGUGUGUAGACCUCUCAUUGAUGUCCUGCAGGAGGGGAUCCAGAAACGUUUUGGAGAGAUGAUGAUACAACCUGAGUUGAUUGCAGCAGCUAUACUCCUACCAAAAUUCAGGACAUCCUGGACCACUGAUGAGAGCAUCUUAAAUGACGGCCUCGACUACCUCAAAAAUCACCUGGACACUGGCUUGGAGAUGGAUGAUGCUCCCACAAACAGUAGUCACUCUGAUGAAGAUGACUUUUUUGCAUCGCUGAGUACAGGACAAUCAAAAAUAGGAGAGCUGGAGAGGUACCUUUCAUGUCCAUCCACUGGAGGUAUGGAUCUCUUGCAUUCCUUUCCUCAAAUCAAGAGCCUGUCACUGAAAAUCAACACAGGCCUCCCAGCAUCUGCAGCCUGUGAGAGACUUUUUAGUCACGCAGGACUCCUGUUCACGGCUAAAAGGUCACAGCUUCACAGUGUGAACCUUGAGAGCCAGUUGUUGUUGAAACUGAAUAGUCACUUAACUGAGUGAUUCUGAGUGAACAUGCAAAACUUCACAUGCACACACACUU